CACAAUCUCGUGGUCGGUAGAUUUCAUCAGAAGAGAUUCAUUACCAGCAGCUGCGUGGGCAUGUGAAGGAAGACGAUCAUUUAUUGAGAUUUCCAUACUACACGAACAAAGAAGUGCGGAUACUGAGGCAAGACGCAACAGCAGCCUAUCGCCGUUUCAAUAAUUUUAAGGAAGAACAAUUACAAUCAUGGCAGCAGAGGACGAAACUCCGGACUUUUUCCCCCUUCUUGCCUUUGGCACAUACAAGGUGGGGCGGAGCAGUGAUCCGAACACCACGGACAAGGCAGAAGUGCUGCGAGUGAUCAGGGAUGCGGUGCAAGCAGGCUACCGCGCGUUUGACUGCGCCGAGUUUUACGGAAAUGAGGUAGAAGUCGGCGAAGCGCUGUGGGCGAGCUGGCCGAAGGAGGACCGUGGCAGCCUGUAUGUCAUUGGCAAAGUACAUGUUUUGCUGAUGAAGAAUCUUUGUCUCCUUAGUAAUCUUCGCUAUGUUCUUUCGUCUUGAUUGCCACCGGUAACGACACAUACUCUACCUACAGUACUAGUUGCAGUUCGUGUAAGUGUUCGCGUGUGACGUUUUUCUGCGCAUAACUUCUCCUGACUUUUUCCAGGUCUGGACGUCAACGAUUUACGCGGGCCCAGAUGCUGUGGUGAAGCAGAUGGAGCAAUCGCUGCGGGACCUGCAGGCGAGCUACUUUGACCUCUUUCUGAUCCACUGGCCCGUGCCGGAGAAGAAACACAUCGAAGCCUAUAAGGCACUGAUGCCGUUUGUCGGCCCCGCGAAGCCCAUUCGCCGGCUAGGCUUGUCCAACUACACUGUCGCAGAUUACACGGAACUCGUUGCCGAGUUGGACGGUCUGGAGGAAGCAGGGAAGGCGGUAGUACGCCCGUACAGCAACCAGUUCGAGGUGAGCCCGUGGCUGUAUCGGCAGAAGACGAUUGACUUUUUUCAGAGCGAGGGUCUCAAACUUCAGGCGUACCGACCCUUCGCGGACGGGCGGCUGUUGAGCGCGGAGAAGAUGCCACUGGAAAUACGAAAAAUCGCAGAAAAGCACAAGACGAAACCCUCGCGUGUGCUGUUGCAGUGGAUACAGAAAAAGAACAUUCAGGCGCUGCCAAAGAGUUGCACAAAGGAGAGGAUCGUGGAGAACCUUCUGGAUGUGAACGACGCGAAAACGAUGGAGUUUCUGUUGGAUAAGGACGACUUGGAAGUGCUGGAUUCCAUGCACAAAAGUGAGGAAUACGAAGCAACUUUCAAGAAGAACUACGUAAAGUGCAUCGUCCGCGACACGCCUUUGGCGGGCUCAAUUACAGUCGACGGUAUCACGGACUGGCACGACGGGUAGAAAGUAUGUUUUUUCUGCAUUACAUACUCCCCAAUAAGAAACCCCGAAUUCCUCUCGACGCACGGCGCAGGUAUAUCAGGCACGACUGAACGCUCCGACGGAACGGUCAGCCUUUUUGUUUUUCCGUGAUAAGGAAGGCGGAGGCUACUAUCAUUUUUUGUUGCGAU